GAGAGUUUGGGGGUCCGGGCCCGUACUCCAGGACGGAUCGUGGGAGGACAGAAGCUCCGGCGAGGAGGGCUCCGGCGAGGAGGGCUCCAGCGCGCGCGCAUGUCGAGAGCGUGAGACUGUGUGGCUGUUAGUGUUGCUGUAUCUGAGCGUGUGAAAGAGUUUGUGUGGCACAUCGCGUCCCCGAGUGCGCACUGACUGGGGUGUGCGGUGUGCGUGGGAGCCGGCGUACACCGGCAUUACUGACUCCGUGAGGGUUUGCGCGCGCGACGGGCUUGUUUUCCUAAUGCGCGCAGGAAUGUGCGUGUCCCGGGGUCCGCGUGAUAGGUUUGCGCAGCGCGGAUGAGCUCCCAUUUUCCGACUACCGUUUUCUGGAUUUGGGGGAAUCACCAGCGAGUCUCAGAGGAUCAGCGACCAGGAUUCCUGAGUGCGCGGUCAGCCGCUUCUGCGCUGAAUUCGGCGCCGCAGCGCCCUGGAGGUGCGCAGCCAUUGACCCACCCGGAGCGAUCUCCGCUGCUUCGCCGUAUCCCUGCUCAGUGACUUCUGUCUCCGCUGGCUCCCUGUCCCCGCUAGAGGACUAUGGACUGGAGCCCUCCGCUUCAAGCCUCAGUUUCACCAUUCGUUCUAAGAGGGCUGGUCGCGGUGGAGGCGGAUUUGGGUGGGAGGACCCAGGGGGCGUCACAGGAAUGCGCGCGUGACUAUGGUCGUCCCCAAGUUUGGGAUCUUGAGAGCCAUUGCUGCUCGGACUAAGAGGCUUGGCAUCAGGAGCCUGGGUGAACCCCACUCGUGCGCCUCGCCCAGGAGCCAUGCAUUGCGAGGUGGCCGAGGUACUUUCAGACAAGAGGCCCAAGGAGGCCCCCGGUGUCCCAGGCCCUGGUCUUGGAGCGCAUAUGGCCUUCAGGGUCACGGUGAGUGGCGGUGGCUGCGUUGAUGGAGGCCCGCGGGACUUGCUACCUCGGCUGCCUGUGCCACCCCAGCGCACCCACGACCUCCUCAGGCCCCGAAGUCCCCGAGACUACAGCUCGUCCAAGGCUGCCUUCACUGGAAAGGUGAAUGGGAGCUAUGGUCACUGCACCCCUGGCUCGGAGAAGGGUCUGCUGGAUCUGGAUCUUGCUGAGGGCCCCAGCCCCACCUGCCACCAGGGACUGUUUCUCCCUGCGGGAAGUCCGCCACCCCGGGGCCGCCCCCCAGCCUGCGAGAGGCUGCUGCAUUUCCCCCACCCUAACAGGUCUCCCAGGCCACAGGCCACAUAUGUGAAUGGCGGCCUCCCAACCACACCACACAUCAAGCAGGAAUCCCUGCCCGAUUACCAGGCCAUGGCCGAAGCCCGCACACCCCUGUUGACUCACUGCCGGGCCCCACCAGCCGCUGGCCUGCACACGGAUCUGGACCUCCCCAGCAGAGGGCUCGCCAACCCUGCACCUUCCUGCUACCUUCUGGGCAGUGAGCCCAGCUCUGGCCUGGGCCCGCAGCCUGAGGCCCACCCUCCUGAGGGCAGCUUGAAGCGCUGCUGCCUCUUGGGCCUACCCCCGACUUCCUCGGCCUCCUCCUCGCCUUGCACCUCCUCUGACGUCACCCCCAUCAUCCGUUCCUCCCAGACAGCUCUGGUCACCUGCGUAAAUGGACUCCGGAGCCCCCCUCUGUCAGGAGACCUGGGGGGUCCUGCCAAGCGGGCCCGGCCCAGCCCUGUGUCCACUGAGAGCCACGAGGGCAGCUUGCAACUUGAAGCCUGCCGGAAGACGGGCUUUCUGAAGCAGGAGCCUGCGGACGAGUUCUCAGAGCUCUUCGGGCCUCACCAGCAGGGCCUGCCGCCUCCCUACCCUUUGCCUCAGUUGCCAGCUGGCCCGGGCCUUACAGGCCUGGGGCUGGGCCUGGCCAGCAGGAUGGUGGCCGGGCGGCAGGCGUGCCGCUGGGUGGACUGCUGUGCAGCCUACGAGCAGCAGGAGGAGCUGGUGCGGCACAUCGAGAAGAGCCACAUCGACCAACGCAAGGGUGAGGACUUCACUUGCUUCUGGGCUGGCUGCGUGCGCCGCUACAAGCCUUUCAACGCCCGCUACAAGCUGCUCAUCCAUAUGAGGGUGCACUCGGGUGAGAAGCCCAACAAGUGCAUGUUUGAAGGCUGCAGCAAAGCCUUCUCGCGCCUGGAGAACCUCAAGAUCCACCUGAGGAGCCACACGGGUGAGAAGCCGUACCUGUGUCAGCACCCCGGCUGUCAGAAGGCGUUCAGCAACUCCAGCGACCGCGCCAAGCACCAGCGCACCCACCUCGACACGAAGCCAUAUGCCUGUCAGAUCCCCGGCUGCUCCAAGCGCUACACGGAUCCCAGCUCCCUCCGCAAGCAUGUGAAAGCCCACUCAGCCAAAGAGCAGCAGGUGCGGAAGAAGCUGAACGCAGGCCCUAAUGCCGAGGCCGAUGUCCUGAGCGAGUGUCUGGCCCUGCACCAGCUUCACACGUCCACACAGCUGGCUGCCAGUGACGGGAAGGGCAGUCGAGCCCUGGGCCAGGAGCUGCUCCCAGGUGUGUAUCCUGGCUCCAUUGCCCCUCAUAAUGGACUUGUUCCAGGCAUCCUGCCCCCCACACAUGAUGUCCCUUCCAGGCACCACCCAUUGGACGUCACCACCAGUUCACACCAUCAUCUGUCCCCUCUACCCACAGCUGACAGUACCAGGGAUGGGUUGGGGCCCAGCCUCCUCUCACCCAUGGUCAGCCCUCUAAAGGGGCUUGGCCCACCACCGCUGCCACCGUCCUCCCAGAGCCAGUCUCCGGGUGGCCAGCCCUUCUCCACGCUCCCCAGCAAGCCGUCCUACCCACCCUUCCAGAGCCCUCCACCCCCGCCCCUGCCCAGCCCACAAGCCCUGCCACAUCCCUCCACAGGCUACCAGGGAAGUUUCCACUCCAUCCAAAAUUGCUUCCCCUAUGGCGACUGCUACCGGACCACAGAGCCUGCAGCCAGUGGGGACGGACUGGCCGGGGAGGCCCACGGUUUUAACCCCCUGCGGCCCAAUGGCUACCCCAGCCUCAGUGCGCCUUUACCUGCCUCAGGCUAUGAGGCCCUGGCUGAGGCCCCAUGCCCCACAGCGCUGCCACUGCAGCCAUCUGAAGACGUGGUGCCCAGCGGCCCUGAGGACUGUGGCUUCUUCCCCAAUGGGGCCUUCGACCACUGCCUGAGUCACAUCCCUUCCAUCUACACGGACACCUGAAGAAGGCCCCGCCGCCAUUCCGCAGAUGCUGCUGCUUCCGCCUGCCGUGGUCUGCCACCCUCCCUGCCCCAGGCCAGAGCAGCCAGGUGCCCACGCAGGUGCUGGGUGCUAUGGCAGCCACCCAGCGCCCCCCAUGGGGGUGCUGUCUGGGCUCAGAGGUGCCCACCAAGGGUCAUGGCCCUGUGACAGUCCCUGGAUUGUGUCUUCCUGUUUCUCCUACGGUUUUGAAAUCACAGACCUCGUGUAUAUAAAGUGUACAGACUUAUUUCCCAUUACCAUGCCAGUUUUAUAUUUUUGGUUUUACAAGAAAAACAUUAAAAACUGGAAACAAGA